AUGUCUUACCAACAACAACAGUGCAAGCAGCCCUGCCAGCCUCCUCCUGUGUGCCCACCCCCACAGUGCCCAGAGCCCUGUCCUCCCCCAAAGUGUCCAGAGCCUUGUCCUCCUCCACAGUGCCCAGAGCCUUGUCCUCCCCCAAAGUGCCCUGAGCCCUGCCCCUCUCAGCCAUGCCAGCAGAAAUGUCCUCCUGUGCAACCUCCUUCACCUUGCCAGCAAAAGUGCCCACCCAAGAGCAAGUGA